UAAUUUUAUUUUUCUUCCCUCUUCCCCUCUCCUCAUUAUCCCCUUUCUUUGUGUACAUCUAACCGUAUCCAAUCAAAGCUUUGGAUUUGCAAAGGCAGUGAACUGAGUGACAAUGGCGAUUUCCUUAUCGGGUCUUUCUGCUUCCCUAUCUUCACUCUCCUUUUCCUCCCAUAUUUCUCAGAAACCAAACAACCUCUUAUUCGCGAGAACCGAAUCCCUCUCCGUCUCCCUCUCGCGCGUGCCCUCUCUCGUUGUAUCCGCCACAGCAGUCGUUUCUCCGGCGGAACCAGAAACCGAAGACCUCACGAAGUUCGUGAAAUCGAGGCUUCCAGGUGGAUUCGCUGCUCAAACAAUCAUAGGCACCGGUCGCCGGAAGAGCGCUAUCGCUCGCGUUGUUCUACAAGAAGGAACUGGCAAAUUCAUCAUCAAUUACCGUGACGCUAAGGAAUAUCUUCAGGGAAAUCCAUUGUGGCUUCAAUACAUUAAGGUCCCCUUAAUAACUUUGGGAUAUGAAAAUAACUAUGAUGUUUUUGUCAAAGCUGAGGGUGGUGGCCUCUCUGGUCAGGCCCAGGCAAUCUCCCUUGGCAUUGCUCGUGCCUUGCUGAAGGUGAGCGAAGAUCAUAGAGCACCUUUGAGACAGGAAGGGCUUCUGACCAGAGAUGCUAGAGUGGUUGAGAGGAAGAAAGUUGGUCUGAAGAAAGCUCGUAAAGCCCCUCAGUAUUCCAAACGUUGAGGUUGGAAUUUUACAUGUAUGGUACGCCUUUUUCUUUCCUCCCCCUGUCUCUCUGGAGUUGGUUACAUUUGGAACUAUCGAUUGUAAUCGUUUGUAGUUGUAGCUGUCCUUUAAGAUAAGUAAAGAGAAAUUGACAAAGACCCCAAGGCAUUUGUAUACUGAAUCCUGCCCUUUGUUUCCUCAUCUCUUGUUUUCUUGAUCUGUAUGGAAUUGGCAAUUGUAGGUAUGAUAAGAUUUCUCUCUCCCGUUCACCCCCAACCAAAAUCACACAUUUGUACACAUUUGUGGUCUUUGCUCGUCAUUCCUUAUGUGUAUUUGUUUCUGUUUUUGGCGUAUUGAAAUAGGAUU